AUGAACAAUAACCAGAUUCCAAAACCUAUUCCUGGUCCAAGAGGCUAUCCAUUACUUGGAAACAUUCAAGAUGUCGAUCCCAACUCAACCUUGAAGUCCUUCACACAACUAUCCGAUCAGUAUGGCGAAAUAUUCCGUCUCCGCUUUCCUGGACAACCCGACACGAUUAUUGUGUCAAGUUUCGACUUGGCAGAUGAUCUACUCGACGAUAACAGAUUUAGAAAGGCUCCUAAAAAUGCCCUGGCCGAGGUUCGGAACGGUGUUCACGAUGGACUGUUCACAGCUCAUCUCGAGGAACCAAACUGGGCCAUUGCCCAUCGGGUUCUAAUGCCUGCAUUCGGGCCCAAGGGAAUCCGUGACAUGUUUGACGAAAUGCACGACAUCGCUUCACAAUUGGUGCUGAAAUGGGCCCGUCAAGGACCGCAUCAAAGAAUUCUGGUCUCUGAUGACUUCACUCGGUUGGCUAUGGACACUUUGGGACUCUGCUCCAUGGGAUUUCGAUUCAACAACUUUUACAGCGAGAACGAGCAUUCCUUUGUAAAGGCCAUGGGCGACUUUCUCUCCGAGUGUGGGCGACGGGGCCAACGACCUCCCUUGCCCGAUUUCUUCUUUCGUACGGCCAAUGACAAGUACGCUGCAGACAUUUCCAUUCUGCGUGAGACGGCCGAGGCAGUGCUCAGGGAAAGAGUGGCCGACAGCGAAAAUGAGCGCAAGGAUCUCUUGACCGCAAUGCUGCGAGGGCGUGACUCCAUGACCGGAAAGAAGAUGACGGAUGAGUCAAUCAUUGACAAUCUGAUCACCUUCUUGAUCGCUGGGCACGAGACGACAUCCGGUACACUUUCAUAUGCAAUGUACGAGCUUUUGCAGAAACCUGAAGAGUACAGAAAAGUGCGUGAGGAGGUCGAUCGAGUCAUUGGAACUGGCCCAAUCACUGUAGAUCACAUGACAAAGCUGCCCUAUAUUGAAGCCGUCCUCCGGGAAACCUUACGCCUCGAUUCACCAAUUCCAGUCCUCACCCGCCAGACUCAUGGAGGAGACGAAAUGCUAAGGGGAAAAUACGCCAUCGGCAAAGAUGAUGUAUGCCUGGUACUUUUGUCCAAGCUUCACGUCGACCCUAAUGUCUAUGACGACCCCAAGGAGUUUCGUCCAGAGCGAAUGUUGUCAGAGAACUUCAACAAGCUACCCAAGAAUGCUUGGAAGCCAUUUGGCCAUGGCGUACGAGCUUGCAUUGGUCGACCUUUUGCUUGGCAGGAAGCAGUUCUUGCCAUGGCACUUCUAUUUCAAAACUUUGAUUUUGAAUCGGACGAUCCCAAUUACCAAUUAGAGAACAAGCAGACAUUGACAAUCAAGCCCCAAGACUUUUACGUCAAAGCGUCCCUUCGCAAGGGCAUCACGUCGACUAGUCUAUGUCGCCAUUUGCAAGGAACCAAGGAAGAGCUGGAGGAAGCUGAUCAGAUCAUUCAAAGACAUCGCGGGAACGGUAUAGCAGUUGGCAACAAUGCUGAUCUACAGCCCAUGACCAUUCUUUAUGGCUCGAACAGCGGGACAUGCGAAUCAAUGGCCCAACGCCUUGCAACAGACGCACCUGCGCAUGGAUACAGAGUCACACUUCUUGACUCCCUCGAUAGCGGGACGGGCAAUCUUGCUCGAGAUCAACCCACUGUUAUCUUCACCGCAAGCUAUGAGGGCCAACCACCUGAUAAUGCCGGGAAGUUUGUCCAAUGGCUAGAAUCUGAAAAGGCUAAAGACGAGCUGAAGGGCGUCCCCUUUGCUGUCUUUGGCUGUGGAAACAGUGAGUGGCCUCAGACUUUCCAUCGAAUACCGAAGCUAGUCAACGAGUCCAUGAGCGCAAACGGUGCGGAGAGGUUGGUAGACAUGGGCCUCGCAAACGCGGCAAGUGAGGAUUGUUUUGUGGCUUUUGAAAAUUGGGAAGAUCAGGUAUUAUGGCCGGUCUUGGAGGCGAGGAACGGUGGUUCUUCAAGCCCGACUGCGAGAAGAACCACAGCAUCAUUAUUACAAACGCAAGUCUACAAGACCCGCCAUUCUAUUCUGAAGCUCGACAUGAAAGACGCCCGUGUCCUCGCAAACCGCACCCUCACUGCCGAGGGUGAAUCUAUGAAGAAACAUAUCGAGGUUGAAUUACCCGCUGGAACAGCUUAUAGGUCAGGCGACUACCUGACCGUUUUGCCAACCAAUCCUCACGAAAACGUUCUCAGAGCUAUACGUAGAUUCCAACUACCUCAAGAUGCAAAUAUCGUCAUUGAAGGCGCCGGGAAAAAGCUCCCAACGGGUGUGCCUACUCCCAUACAGAGCAUCCUUGGUGGUUACGUCGAACUUGGUCUCACAGCCACUCGAAAAGAUGUCAAGAACUUGGCCACUGCAGCUUCAGCUCAGAGCGAUAGGGAAAAACUAGAAACACUCUCUUCCGAUCAGUACGAGCCCGAGAUAUCCCUCAAGCGAGUCUCCGUUCUGGACCUUUUGGAGCAAUAUCCCUCCAUCGACAUCUCCUUUGGCGAGUUCUUGAGCGUGCUGCCUUCGAUACGUGUGCGACAAUAUUCAAUAUCCUCGGCGCCGGCGAUCAACCAAUCUGUCGUCUCAUUGACGUAUUCGGUAGUCCGGAGUCCAGCAAAAUCAGGGCAUGGAGAUUUCAUCGGCGUCGCUACUUCAUACCUUGCAAGCCUACAACCUGGUGAUCUCAUUAGUGCUGCCGUGAGACCGUCACACGAGGCUUUUCAUCUCCCAAAAGACCCGGAGAAUACACCAAUCAUCAUGGUCUCAGCAGGAACUGGCAUCGCUCCCUUUCGAGCGUUCGUACAGGAACGCGCUGCCAUGAUUGCAGCGGGACAGAAAGUAGCACCAGCCUUAUUAUACCACGGUUGUCGGUCUGCCGGAAAGGACGAUUUGUAUGCCCAAGAAUUGGCAGACUGGGAGUCUCAGGGCGCUGUCAGGGUAAAGAGGGCGUUUAGUCGCGAACCUCGACUCUCGGCAGGUUGCAAAUAUGUACAAGACCGAGUGUGGGCAGAUCGACAGUCUUUACUGAAUCUAUGGAGAAAGGGCGCAUUUGUCUUUGUCUGCGGAUCCAAGGAGAUCAGUCGCGCUAUGGAUGAUAUGGCAUUGCGUUUCAAGCAGGAGAUUGCGGCCUCAAAGAAGAUUCCGAUCACCGAGGAAGCAGCCAAGAAUUGGUGGAUCGAGCAACGAAAUGUCCGUUAUGCAAUCGAUGUAUUCGAUUGA